CUAGGGGAGACCUUCAACAAUCCAAUAAAUGACAUUGUAGACCUCAUUGGUUUCACAUUUCCUGUAAACUUUCCCUUCUGGGUUUGAAGUUUUCACAGCGAAAGCGAGAAAGAAGGGAGAAAUGGCAGAGAUUGCCGUCACCACAGUCAUCGACAAGUUGGUGUCUUUGGUAGAUGAAGAAGCCAGAUUGUUGGGAGGUGUCCACACUCAAGUUGAAGACAUCAAAACUGAGCUGCUGUAUAUUCAAGCUUUCCUUAAGGAUGCAGAUGCAAAGGCCGAUAAGGGAGACAUCAGCCAUGGCCUUAAAACUUGGAUCCAAGACUUGAGGAAGACUGCAUACUCCAUGGAAGAUCUCAUUGAUGAAUACUUGCUUCACUUUGCAAAUCCAAAUCACCGGCAUCGAUUCUUUGGUUUCCUCUGCAAAGUUGCUCGCUCCAUACAAAAACUGAAACCACGCCAUGAGAUCGCCUCCAAGAUCCGGGAUAUCAAGAAAAAGGUUGGUAAACUGAAGGAAACAAGUUCGAGUUACGUCUUCAUUAGUUCUAUUGAGCCAAGAUCAAGCAGCAGUUCUGCAAGUGCUCCAUGGCAUGACCAGCGGGUGACUUCUCUUUUCAUGGACGAAACUGAAAUUGUUGGUAUUGAACCUCUGAGAAAUGAACUGAUAAGCCGGCUGGUAGAGGGAAAUCCCAAACGAACUGUAAUUUCCGUGGUCGGCAUGGGUGGACUUGGCAAGACGACUUUCGCCAAAAAAGUUUACGACAACCAGAGAGUGGUGGGACACUUCGAUUGCAAUGCUUGGGUCACUGUGUCUCAAUCAUUCAAGAUGGAGGAGCUACUACGGAACAUGACAAAGAAAUUCUAUCAGGGAAGAAAGGAAGCAGUUCCUGAGGGCAUCGAUACAAUAGACGAGAUGUCACUGAUUGCCUUAAUCAGGCAGUAUUUACAAGAUAAAAGGUAUGUUGUUGUUUUUGAUGAUGUAUGGAAACUAGAUUUCUGGGGAUUUAUUAAAUAUGUUUUACCAGAAAAUGGGAAGGGCAGUAGGAUAAUAAUCACUACACGUAAUGAUGAGGUAGCCUCUUCUUGCAAAGAGUCGUCAUUUGAUUACAUCCACAAGCUGCAACCCCUGUCCCCAAAGAGUUCCUGGGAGCUCUUUUGCAAGAAGACAUUCCAGGGUGGAUGUCCUCCAGAAUUGGAGAAACUGUCUCUUGAUAUUGUCAAAAGAUGUGGAGGAUUGCCACUAGCGAUUGUGGCAAUAGGUGGUCUUUUGUCAAGAAAACAGAAUGAGUCCGAGUGGAAAAAUUUUAGUGACAACCUUGGGUCCGAGUUAGAAAGCAAUUCCCGUCUUCAACCUAUAAAUACAAUCCUCUCCCUCAGUUAUCAUGAUCUACCUUACUACCUUAAGUCCUGUUUCUUAUACUUGGCCAUUUUUCCAGAGGACUACACAAUUAAAUGUACCAAACUGACUCGGCUGUGGAUAGCUGAGGGGUUUGUAAAAGCUAAGAAGGGUGUGACAAUGGAAGAGCUUGCAGAGGAAUUCUUGACUGAGCUGAUCAAUAGGAGCUUAGUUCAAGUGUCAGACGUAGAUUUGGAAGGAAAAAUUAGAAGCUGCCAUAUCCAUGACUUGAUGCGUGAGAUGAUUCUCAAAAUGGCUGAGGAAAUGAGUUUUUGUCGUGUUUUGGCUGGAGAAGGCUCAAGUUUUGACGGAAAAUCUCGUCGAAUAUCAGUCCAUAACAGCACAAAUAAUAUUCUAGACACCAUUGAUAAAAACUCUCAUGUUCGCUCCAUUUUUCUCUUCAAUUCUGAGAUGAUUUUCACUAGUACAUUGGCUUCAAAAUGUAAGCUUGUGAAGGUAUUGGAUUUUAAAGAUGCCCCUCUUGAGAGUGUUCCUGAAGAUUUGGGAAAUCUAUUUCAUCUGAAGUUCUUAAGCCUGAGAAAGACCAAAGUCAAGAUGCUUCCAAAGUCUAUAGGUAAGCUACAAAACCUACAGACUUUGGAUCUGAAACAUUCCCUCGUAGAGGAGCUUCCUGUUGAGAUCAAUAGGCUCCAAAAGCUGCGCCACAUUCUAGCCUACAACUAUAACUUUGAUGUUGAAUUCAGCUCGGUUUCUGUUAAAGGAGUGCAUGUAAAGGAAGGGAUUGGGUGCUUGGAAGACUUGCAGAAGCUGUGUUUUGUGGAGGGCAAUCAAGGGACAGAUGUAAUUAAAGAGCUUGGAAAGCUAAGGCAAUUGAGAAAGCUGGGGAUUACAAAACUUACUAGAGAAAAUGGGCAGCCUUUAUGUGCCUCCAUUAUGAAAAUGAACCACCUUAAAUCUUUGUCAAUCUCUUCAUCAACCGAAGAUGAGAUUCUUGAUUUGCAGCACGUAUCGGAUCCUCCACCAUGCCUUUCACGUCUUGAGUUGUAUGGACGUUUAGACAAGCUACCUGACUGGAUUUCUAAACUUAAAAGUCUAGUGAAGUUAGGUUUAUGGAAGUCAAGACUAAGCCACGAUCCAAUGGGAGUCCUUGGAGCCCAGCUGCCUAAUCUGCUGGAGCUCGAGCUCCUCCAAACGCAUGCGGUCGAGCAAUUGUGUUUUGAAGCAAUAGGAUUUCAGAAACUUAAGGUCCUCCGUAUCUGUGAUUUGAUAGAGCUCAAGAAAGUGAAAAUAGAGAAUGGGGCAUUGCCUCAGGUUGAAGAGCUUGAAAUUGGGCCUAGUCCACAGCUGGAAGAGGUGCCCCAUGGCAUCUACUACCUCAGAAAACUUAAAACUCUUGCAUUUCGUGAUAUGCAGGAAGAAUUUGAACUAAGUAUGAUACCCUACAGAGGAAGAAAUUAUGAUAUAGUUGAGCAUAUCCCAAAUGUCUUCUUCUAUCAGAGGCUUUCAGGACAACAUUACGCGGUUCAGAGUCUACGACAACUAGCUGAAACCAUCCCCAGAGUCUAUUGCUAGCAGUUGAAUUUUUUCAAGCCAAAGGUGAUGGAGAAUAUAUAUGCAUGCAGUGUUUAUUGAUAUCAA